CCAGUAUUCAGCUCAUGAUAGACACAAAAAGCAAAUGGCAGUGGGUUUCCUAGACGAAUCUGAUUCAGGGGUUGAACGAACUAUACAAUCUCAAUUAAGACCACUAAAUGAACCAGUGGAUAAUACUUUAUUUGAGCAAAAGUUAUUGUUUGAGGUCAUCUUACAAUACAGUACUUGAGUAUAUCCACUUCAUCGCACUGUCUAGGGUUACCUGGGGGCAGCCUUCUUGAGAGCUUCAGCCUCAUCCUAUCACGUGUAGCCAAUCAGACAAUCCGCCAGACAGCGCAAGGCAAGAAGGCUUAAGGCCAGUUAAGGCCAGACAGACUCUCAGUAACUAAAAUCCCAUUCAAAGCCAAACCACCACAACCACAAUCAUGGCAGAUCAAAUACUAGACCAAAUCCGCGAUGUCGCCGAAGGUCAAAUCGUAAGUUCGAAAUUACCCUAUUUUCCAAGUAUCUGUGCUAACUAGAUUCCAGGACUUCGAAGGUCAAAGGUUCACUGAGUUCCUAUCUACAGCUCUACUCUCAUUAGUUGGCGUGAGUUGUAUAAGUUUGCAGAUCCAUAUAGCUCUAUUCCUGGAAACUAAUUCAUUGAUUGUACAGGCGUUAUCCUUCAUCAUCGGAUUCAUUAAACAAGACAUCAAGCUCGCUCUAAUGAUUGGGUUGGGAGGAACUGCUCUCACAAUGUUCAUCAUCGUACCACCUUGGCCUUUCUUCAAUAGACAUCCCGUCAAGUGGCUACCAGCAGGAGGUGUGGACAAGUCUUCCUCAGAGGGAAUCACGGUGGAUGGGAAAGUUGUGGGAUGACAAAUAGAGAAAGUCAUAUAAGUCUGG